AUGGAAAACGGAACAUUCAGAUACGAAAUUCUCCGUGUCGAAGGACUGCGGCUCACACGUUACACCGCUUACCCGGUCUUUGUUCUUCUUCUCUUGAUCUACGUCUUCAUUAUGGUCUCGAACGUCGGCAUUGUCUCGAUGAUCGCGAUGGAGAAAGCUCUUCACAAACCGAUGUACUUUCUUUUCUCCAACCUCCCUGUAAGCGAUGCGCUCAUUGCUACCGUCGUACUUCCUGGUUUACUCAAAGACAUCAUGACUGAAUCGGACCGGUACAUCGGCUACGCCGCUUGCGUGAUCCAAGCCUUCGGGGUUCACUCGUUGAGCACGAGCGCACACACGAUAUUAAUAAUCAUGGCGUAUGACAGGUACGUGGCCAUUUGUAACCCGUUAAGAUACAACGACAUAAUGACCAACAAGAUGGUCGCAGGUCUGUCUGUGCUAGCGUGGGUAAUCGCGACCGUCCCAGUCGCGUGUAUCCUGGGCCUCACUGUAAGGCUCUCGCAUUGUACCUCGACUAUAUCGAACCCCUUCUGCGACAACGCCUCUUUGUUUAAACUUUCAUGUGAGAAUCUACUUCUAAACCAGAUUGUUGGUUUGCUAUCUUCUGUCAUGCUUUGGUCUACCUCAAUAUCAUGCAUCGGCGUUACGUAUCUAAAGAUCGCGUACGUCUGUUGGAAAAACCGAAACAGCGCACUGAAGAGCAAAGCUGUGAAAACCUGCAGCACACAUCUGAUAGUGUAUCUGGUUCUUCUUGGAUCUGGAUGUACGGUCAUUAUUUUGCACCGUUUUUCAGAUUAUGGGGAACUUCGUAAUCUGGCUAGUGUCUUGUUUUCGGUCAUUCCUCCAAGCCUCAACCCGGUCGUCUACGGCCUUCAAACCAACGAAUUUAGACAGGGACUUGAGCAGAUGUUCCUCAGAAGAAAAGGGAUUCCAGGAUGAUUUCAUUAUUGAAACUAAUGGAAAAAUUUUGUUACGCUCAGUUGUGGGGCCGUGACUACAGUCAGUCCAGAUAUACAAUACAAUAUGUGUAUUUUAAUUGGUUUAUGAAUGCAGUGUUAUGAAAUUGUAAGUGAUAAUUGCAUGUAUUGUUAUAUGAGAAAAAAUGGAUAUAGCGAUGAUAAAUGUAUACAGUGUAGACCAGCAACACCAAGAGAUAUAUAUCGCUAUAAGAGGCAGCAAAAAUUUAUUUUAUAAGAAUAAUUAAAAAUCUGUUUAGAUUAGUACUACCUUGUCCAUUUCCUUUUUGUCUGUGCAAAUGUCUGAUGUAUGUGUAAAGAAAGAAUGACUUUAAAAUGAACAAAGUAAUUCAUGUUUCUACAAAAAA